UGUGUGCUCGUUCGUUUUUUUAGCAUUUUUCUCGUAAAUUACGCGUGAAAACGUCCCAAAACUAAUGAAAAAUCGAAAAGUGCACGCUGUAAAUAUCCAUUUGAGUUAUUAGUUAUCGCGUGAAUGCGAAUGACGCUGAGAAAUUGUGAAAAUUUUGCGAUCGAAAUUGUGUGACUGAAAAAAAUCUCUCUUCCUACAAAAGAAAAAAAGUUAUUUUUUUAUUUUAACUCUUGUGUUGGAACAAUUUUUUUCUUCUUUUCGUUGGGGGGACGAUUGAGCGAGUGCUUGGAACCUAUUUAUUUUUGAUUCUUUUUUUGUGGAAGAGGACGCCUGAACCAUCAACUAUCUGCCUGAAUUGUCUGACUGAAUUUCCGAACGAAAAAAAAAAUAAUCCAAGAAAAACACAAAUUUGAGCGAGUGAAAAAAUCAGCUGAAAAAUGAGCUCUGUCGAAUACGUGCCCGUGGCUGAAGACGAAGGCGAUGAACCCAUAGAGUUGCCAUGCGAAGACGACGGAACGCUGUUGUUGUCGACGUUGCAGGGACAAUAUCCGGGAGCGACGGGACUGAAAUAUCGCAAUCCCGAAAAUAAGGCAAUUCGUGGCGUGCGAUUGAGUGAGGGGAGAUUGCAUCCGCCAACGAGUGAAGGAUGGACAACUACGAGUACUGUUUUUAUUGCGGUGUUUCCGAAAGAAAACAAGAGAAAAAGUGACGACAGUUUGGAAAAUACAACCGCCAAGACAAAGCGCAUGGAAACGAAGCUCAAAUGCACAGACUUGAUUGUUCUCGGGCUCCCAUGGAAAACAACGGAACAAUCGUUACGCGAAUAUUUCGAGUCUUUCGGCGAAGUCUUGAUGGCUCAAGUGAAAAAAGAUACAAAAUCCGGGCAAUCCAAGGGUUUCGGCUUCAUUCGUUUCGCCUCGCACGAAGCCCAAAUUCGCGUUCUCGCGCAACGUCACAUGAUCGAAGGUCGUUGGUGCGAAGUAAAGAUCCCCAACUCGAAAGAGGGCAUGAUCCAACAAGUGCCAUGCAAAGUUUUCGUCGGUCGAUGCACCGAAGACUUGACUGCCGACGACUUGAAGGAAUAUUUCAGCAAAUUUGGCGAAGUAACGGACGUUUUUAUCCCGCGCCCCUUCCGUGCAUUUAGUUUUGUGACAUUUUUGGAUCCGGAAGUUGCGCAAAGUUUGUGCGGCGAAGAUCACAUCAUCAAGGGCGUUUCGGUGCACGUUUCGAAUGCGGCGCCCAAGAACGAGAGCAAUCGCAAUCAGCAACCAAAUAACAUGAAUGGCGGCGGAAAUAUGCCCGGCGGAGGUCAUAUGGGCAAUAUGCGUGAUGGCGGAAGAGGUCCGAGAGGAAAUCAAGCGAAUCAAGGUCCAAGUAGCGGGGGGAUGAAUCAUCAAGGGUACGAUCGCAUGAAUAGUUAUGGCGGCGAUCAAGGCGGAUAUGGGAAUAAUGGCGGGCAGGGAAGCAAGGGGAACGGAUGGAGCAAUCAAAAUAAUCGCAAUAAUUUGGAUAUGCCGAAUUUGCAGGCGCUCGGAAUUGGUCCGCAAGGCCCGAAUAACAGCAAUCAGGGACAAAAUAUGAAUAAUCCGCUCGGAUUGAAUCUCAAUGCGCUUCCAUUGAAUCCGGCAAUUGUUGCGGCGGCACUCAAUCAAUGGGGACUCAUUGGCGGAGGCAACAUGCAAAAUACGCCGGAUCAGAGUUUCAGCAAUAAUUCGGGACCUCCGGGACCAAAUCCCGCACAAAAUUCGAAUGGAGGCGGAUUUAUGAAUUGGAUGGGCGCAGGCACGAAUGCGGGAGCAGGCAAUACGAACAACUCGGGCGGAGAUCAUCCACAGCCUCCAAUUAAGGGCGGAAGUCAACCAUGGGGAAAAUAAACAAACAAAAAAAUCGCCGAUCCAGCACAACUCAAUGCAAAAAAAUAUUAAAUUUUAUUUUAUAAAGUAGUUAAAAAAUGGAAAGAAGCGAGAAAAACUUAUGAUAUAACAUAACAACCAAAACAAAAACAAAAAAUUAUGCGACUAAACUCAUAAUAAUAUAAUAAAAAAAAUAAUUGUUUUGUGGAUUGAAUGAAUGAAAAAACUAACACUUAGAUUUAAGACAAAAAAAAAGUUCGAAAAUGUUUUAUUUGACCGAAAUUCUUGUUUUUAUUUUUUAAUUAUACAAAAAAAAAAUGUGUGUCCAUUCUUUUUGUCUUUUGUUUGAAAAAAAAAAUUACUUGAAA